AUGAUUGCGGCGUCCAUGGCAUGGCUCAGUGCAGGGGUAGAUAAAGCCAGCUCCGGUUCCAAAAAGUGCUCUAUUUUCCGUCAGGAGAAUUCUUCUUCUUCUUCUCCCACGCUUGAAAUCUUAGCCUUCGAGACGGCCAAAACCAUGUCCCGCCUCGUCGCCCUGUAUAGGUCUCUGUCUGACGAUGAGGUCUGCAAACUCCGGACAGGAACCAUGAAAUCCCCUGGCGUUGCGUAUUUGAACUCGACAGAUGAGAGCUAUCUUCUUGGCCUUGCCUGUAAAGAGAAGCUCGAGGAUCUCAAUCAGGCUGCCGCCAUAAUUUCACGUCUGGCUAAGAAAUGCAUCGAUCAGGAACUUAACAGGUUUGAAAUCGCCUACCACAACAUCAAACAGGGAAUUAUUGAUGUCAGCAAGAUUGAUUAUAACUCCAGAAACGUUGGAAAGAUCAUUGACAAGAUGGAGAAAUGCGCGAACGCAACAUCUGUUCUGUACGCAUCUUUGAUAGGCCUCAACGAAUUAGAAUUGUCAGAGAAAAAAAUGCAGAAGUGGAAGAUAAACGCCUGCCCCAAAAAAUCAUCAGAAAAGACCAACAUUGACUACUUCAACGAGAAAAUCUCUUUCCAGAGGAAACAGGUUCGACAUUUCAGACAGAUUUCCCUUUGGAACCAAACAUUUGAUAAGAGCGUUGGGUUAAUGGCUCGGAUCGUCUGCGUUGUUUACACCAGAAUAUGCACCAUUUUUGAACCCUUUGUUCCAAGCCUGCCUCGCACCACCAGGAACAGACAUUUUCAAACGCGCCUCUAUGUUUCGAACCCGAAACCUUUGCACAUGAAGGUUUAUCCAGAGGCCAAUUAUUGCCUCCUUCUAAAUAAAGAUAAGUACAUGAUGAAACAAGCCUCCAAAUCAGGUCCAAUCAUGAAAACUCCCAGGAUCAAACCAGGUACCACCCGUUUCCACAGCGGCGAACUAUCUCCUAAAGAGAAAGGCUUAGGUUUCCGAAUUUCAGCUGUCACCAUAACCGAUAGAGUCACCACCAAAAUCAACAAUGAGGAGAAUAACAGAAGAAACCAAAGGCUGAUACAAUUGCCUCCACCCAACACUGUAGGAGCAGCAGGGCUUGCCGUUCGUUACGCAAACGUAAUCAUCAUGGCAGAGAGCUACUUCUACUCAGCGACAACCAUCAGCGACGAAGCACGGGAGCAGAUGUUCGAGAUGUUACCGAUGAGCCUGAAACACACGCUGAGAGGGAAGCUGAAAAGCCAUUGGUGCAGGGAUGCUGAGGAGCGAGAUGGGCAACAUGGUUUGGCGGAAGGGUGGAAAGAUGCCUUGGAGGAUAUAAUAGGAUGGUUGGCUCCAAUGGCGCAUGACACGUUGAGGUGGCAGCAAGAAAGGAAUUUGGAGCAACAAAGCCUAGACGCGAAGCCCACCGUUUUAUUGUUGCAGACAUUACAUUUCUCGGAUUUGGAGAAAACGGAGGCUGCGAUUGUGGAGGUUUUGGUGGGAUUGAGUUGUAUAUAUAGAUACGAGAACCGGCGGGAGAGGGGUGCUAACGGUGGUAGAUGA